CUCUCUGAUCCUGAUUAAGGAAAUUACACAGCGCCAUCUUCGUGAAGGUCAACAAUGGCUCGUCGGUUGCUGAGGAAAUUAAUUGUCGAUCUCCCAGCUCAGCCAUGGGAUCCAGCAGUUCUAUCCAGGAAUUUUUCAUCGGAGAGUCGCCUGGUGACAAUGAUUCCAGGAGAUGGAAUUGGACCAGAGAUUUCUGAAUCUGUCAAACAAAUAUUUAGUGCUGCUGGGGCCCCUAUUCACUGGGAGGAUGUUGAUGUCACACCUGUGAAAGGCCCUGAUGGUAAUUUCCAUCUACCUCAGAAGAUUUUUGAGUCCAUGGGCAAAACUGAAGUUGGCCUGAAAGGUCCCCUAGCUACACCUGUGGGUAAAGGUCACCAGUCUCUCAACUUGGCCUUACGAAAAGCUUUUAAAUUGUAUGCCAAUGUUCGUCCCUGUAAAUCCAUCGAAGGAUACCAGACUCCGUAUACAGAUGUGAAUCUGGUUACCAUUCGGGAGAAUACAGAAGGGGAAUACAGUGGUAUUGAACACGAGGUUGUAGACGGUGUGGUACAGAGUAUCAAACUGAUCACAGAGGACGCCUCCAGACGUGUGGCAGAGUACGCAUUUAAAUAUGCACGCGACAACAACAGGGACACCGUCACAGCUGUACACAAAGCUAACAUCAUGAGAAUGUCAGAUGGUCUGUUCCUCAAGUGCUGUCGGCAGGUGGCAGAGGAGAACAAGGAUAUUCGCUUUAGAGAGAUGUAUCUCGACACUGUCUGUUUAAAUAUGGUCCAAGAUCCCACUCAAUUUGAUGUACUUGUAAUGCCAAACUUGUAUGGGGAUAUUCUCAGUGAUCUCUGUGCCGGCCUGAUCGGAGGACUAGGGGUGACUCCAAGUGGUAACAUUGGAGAAAGCGGUGCCAUCUUCGAGUCUGUCCACGGUACAGCCCCUGACAUUGCCGGCCAGAACAAAGCCAACCCAACUGCCCUGCUUCUCAGUUCUGUCAUGAUGCUGCGGUACAUGGGUCUAACAUCAUACGGGGACAGGAUAGAAACUGCUGCCUUUGAUGUGAUUCGGGAGGGCAAGGCUCUAACUGGCGAUCUGGGGGGAUCGGCAACCUGCUCGCAACUGACAGAAGCUAUCUGUGAGAAAGUUCAAGCCUCGGGAUAGACAAUAAAAGAUAACCAGACAUUAUUUAUGAAUUGUGCUUAAGAUUUAAACAUAUUAUGAUAUUGUCUCGUCGUUAUCAAGAAUAAUAUCUUUUCAGACAUUUAAGUUCAUUAUAACUCGUCCUGAUAUUAAAAGUCCUUAUGACAUCUAUCUUUUAUAACAUUUCUGAUUUAAAAAAAAAGAUGUUCUCAGAUCAGAAAUAUUUUCUUAUUGGAGAGAAUGACUGUAAAAUGUUUGCUAAAUGAGUGAGCAAUAGGUUACAUUAUUAUAAGAAAUAGAAGAAAACGGGUAAAUUCUGUCCUAGUUUAGAACACGCAUACCUUUAUCAGUACAGGUAGUCCUUUGAUCCUAGGAGACCAAGAUCUAAGAAUGACCUUUCUUGUUUAUUAUGUACUGUGAAUGAAACGUUUUUGAUUUAUUUCAUCAAAAGUGUUGUGUGUUCUUCAUUUGGUUUCUAAUUACUAUUAAGUGUAUCUAGUUUAUUGUAAUGAUCGUAGAAUGGUUUAAAACCAAAAACGGACGGAGCAUGGAGUUUCCAACUUCUAGUAUUUAUAGAUUAAGUUAAUAGUAUCAUGAUUGCUUAAUAUAUAAUUAGUCCUCUCAUGAUUUGGACAAUUUCCUGCAUUUUUAUUUCGCUCCAAAUUCAAAUAAUUUAUUGCCUGGAAAUCUUAAUCUAUGGUAUUUGAUGUUACUAUUUUUGGAAAUGGGGGUUACUGUUAAUAUUUUCAGAGUUUUCAGUUUUUGUCAGGCUUUCUCAUGAGAAAUAGCAAAGGUUGGAAAAUAUGUAGUUUCUAUUUGGUAAGAUAUAUUUGUGUAGAUCUAUUAUGUUUACUUGCUGUCAAAGUGCAUGUAUGUUUCUUUAAGUUUAAUGUUAUAGAUCUGAAACAUUUAUAUUUAAGACUUUAACUUAUAGUUCAAAAUUAUGUAAAUUUCUUCGUUAUAGUUUCUACAGCAGUGUGACGGGUUGGUGUUUAUACAUGUAGUAGAUGUAUUUAUAAAUAAUGGGAACUCAGUUUUAUAAACUUAAUCUAAUAUUAACCUUAUACAUUUCUGUAGAUUUCUUUCAUUUUGUCAUUUGGCCUUCCUUUACUUAUUCUCAAGGAUAUUAAUUUGUGUUCAAUCACAUUAUGUGUUUUACUACAUGUAUGUUAUGAAAAGAACUUCUACAGGUAAUUGUUCAUGUGAUACUCUAUUUGAUCUUCUUCAGUUAACGAGAAUAUAAGAAGCACAACAUGCUUUGACCACUUUUAAUGCUCCUCAUUGCAGUGAUUUCAUCAUUAACUGAACUAAGUAAGAGACCAACUGUGUUAAGAGACCAUUCUUUAGCCUCUUAAUACAGGUUCUACUGUAUCACACGGAAUUUAUCAAUCCAUAUUGAUAAUAAAAGAAUUUAUCAAUUCUACACAAAUUUCAUAUAUAUUUUGGUAAAGGGUGAAACGGAGCAAAAUGUACUAAUCGUUUAAAUUUCCCAACUGUUGGAUAUGAUUUGCUUAACUUUGAAUUCACAACACCAAGUAAUAAGUGCUUUUGUUUUUUUCUUAAAUUAGAAAAAAAAAAAAUACUUGAUGUCUGUUGGAAAUAUUUUCAUUUUUCAAUUUUCUUUUGAUUGAUAGUUUCGUGUCCCAGACUAGCUUGUUUUGAAUAUGUUCUUAACAACUCUUUAACUUGUGCAACCAAAACGAUUAACUCUAAUGUGAGAAGAGCAAGAAGUUAUUUGAAGUUCUUUAUGUCCAAUAUAACUUAUAAAUAUAUAUAUCACAAAUAUAUAUCGCGUCACAGUUUAAAGAUGUGUUCAAAAUGCAUAAUAUAUAUACACAAUUACUGUUCAUGUAUCUGUAAAACAUUUUACUAAACUACAUUGUAAUGUUAUGCAGUAAUUUCAGUUAUAAAGGAACUUAAUGAAACACAUUGAAAUGUAACAUCUGUCUGAUCACUAAAAAAGGAUAAUGUAUUUUUGUGAAUAUAAAGGAUUCAGACUUAUUUUACCAAUUAAUUUGAUUUUGAAAAUCACAAAACAGUAUAGGUUCAAAAGUAGGAUUCAGUGUGAAAUACAGAAAAUGUUGCCAUAUCUUGAUGUCCUCCAUCAGCGUCUCCAACUCUGCCAGAGUGAGAAGAAAAGGAGGAGUUAUAUAUGUUGAUGUAGAUGUAGCCACAAAGUCUGGUUAUGUCCUUAUAUAUGGGAAAGUUAUUUUAUUGUGUUGGUAUUGCAUAUGAUUUUACCGUAUGUGUAUCCGUUCUUGUAAAGUUCAUUUGCAAUAUUUUUACAAGUUAAACAUGUUUGUUAGAUCUCCUCUUGAAUAAAAUCCUUGGUAGCCAAA